AUGCUGCUAAGGGUCAACCCCAGUCAGUCCAUGGAGCAUCAACCUCUCUUUGUGGAGAACACGGAGCACGAGUAUCCUGCCCCGAACUCGCUUCCAGAUCCAUUCAUGACUGAGGGACCCUCUGCCUCAGCUGAGCCAGACCCACUGUCCUUCAACCUCACCAACUCCACGGACUGCGGAGAGGAAAUCCUGCUCUACGGGGACACGGAGAAGAUCGUCAUCGGGACGGUGCUCUCCAUCAUCACCUUGUUGACAAUUGCUGGCAACAGCUUGGUCAUCAUCUCCGUCUGCAUCGUCAAGAAGCUCCGCCAACCCUCCAACUACCUGGUGGUGUCCUUGGCAGCUGCCGACCUGUCCGUUGCCUUCGCAGUCAUGCCCUUCGUGAUCAUCACGGACCUGGUGGGAGGGGAGUGGCUGUUCGGGAAGGUGUUUUGCAAUGUGUUUAUUGCCAUGGACGUGAUGUGCUGCACGGCUUCCAUCAUGACCUUGUGCGUCAUCAGUGUGGACAGGUACCUAGGGAUCACGCGGCCCCUGACGUACCCCGUGAGGCAAAACGGGAAGCUGAUGGCCAAGAUGGUGUUCAUCGUGUGGCUCCUCUCUGCCUCCAUAACGCUUCCCCCGCUCUUCGGCUGGGCCAAGAAUGUCACCGUGGAAAGGGUCUGCCUUAUCAGCCAGGACUUUGGAUACACUGUCUACUCCACCGGCGUUGCCUUCUACAUCCCCAUGACCGUCAUGCUCGUCAUGUACAACCGGAUCUACAAAGCCGCCAAGGUCAGCGCAGAGAAGCACCGGUUCAUGAACUUCCCCAAACAGUACGACCAGGACGGGGUGUAUUGCAUGGAGGCCGGCGUCCGGGGCCAUCACAGCUCCAAGCGCAGCAAGGCGGUGGAAGAGUGUGCCACGCUGUCCAAGCUGCUGAGGCAGGAUCGAAAGAACAUUUCCAUCUUCAAAAGGGAGCAGAAAGCAGCCAGGACCCUUGGCAUUAUCGUGGGGGCCUUCACGUUCUGCUGGUUCCCCUUCUUCCUCAUGUCCACGGCCCGGCCUUUCAUAUGUGGCAUCCAGUGCAGCUGCAUGCCUCUGAGGUUGGAGAGGACCCUGCUCUGGCUGGGUUACACCAACUCCCUCAUCAACCCCCUCAUCUAUGCUUUCUUCAACCGAGAUUUAAGGACUACUUUCUGGAACCUCUUGUGGUGCAGAUACAGGAACAUCAACCGGAGGCUGUCGGCAGCCAGCAUGCACGAGGCACUGAAAGUCGCAGAGAGACACGAGUGUAUUCUGUAAACCCCCAAAGAGGGCCUGUGUCCUCUCGUCUAAUGCUAGCGCUCAGUGCCUAAGUCAAGACCUCCCACGUCUCCAUCCAGCCCUUCAGGAACGGCAGCUGUGUGCAUUGCCAUUCUCCAGCCUGAGCUCACCAUCACAAAUUGGGUACAAGAGGCGCUCCAGCCCGGAGUACCUGAGUGCUGCCCGUCCAUCACGACCAAUUGCAGCCCCUUCCCUUCUCUUUAGCCCAUAGCUGUGCUGCGCUUUCAAAACUGUGAGUCGAGCAGCAGCCCAUAGGACCCAGGAUGGAGCCAGGAUGGUUCUUGGACCUUGCCCCGAGUUGCGCCACAGCCUGACGGUGACCUUGGGCAAGUUGCAUCACUUCUCUGUGCCUCAAUUUCCCCCCGUGUAAAAAAUUAGACGCUCAAUUUUUGCAGGGGGCUGUGAGGUCUGUGGAGGGAACGAUGCUGUGUGCAAUGAGAUUAUCUCACAAGCCCUGUAGGACAGCAGCUAUGGGCUGCACUGAAGUGGACGAUGGACCUCACGUUCUCCCCCCUGUGCUUAUAAACUAUUGCAACCCAGUUGUUUCCAUUCUACAUCCCGCGGCCCGUUCCAGGUUUGCAUGUCAGGGAGAUGAUACCAA